AUGGCAAAUUCCUACACUCUUCUUGCUGAUUUGAAGGCCUUUCGUUGCUCGAACACGGCGGAGUUCCGACUUCUGCGGUUUUGGAAGGCGAGAAACACCUCCAGGAACAGCAUCCGUUCCGGAGAACUGAUGAGCCUUGACAUGUUGCUGCUAUAUGAGAAUGUGAGAAAACAUGUUAAUGCAGCCAUCGACUACCUGAACAACCACUGA